AUGGCGCCCACAAAGCACGCAGCAGACGCAGAUGUCUCAAUCACCGCGAAGACUAUGGGACUCCGCUCUGUUCUUGCAGGCUUGAAGUCAUCGAACAUGAACGCGAGGCUCAGCACCCUCCGAUCAAACAGCCAAUCGAAGGUUACCAAGCCAGCAACGAGGAGAGAAACUGUGGACGAGCGAGAGCAUCUCAGACAGACAGCACAGCGGCUCUCCGCCAUCGAAGAGUCUACCAGCUCUAAAUUCUCUUCUUCUGCAAGUGACGAACUGCGAAGCGACACCGUAACACCGUCGUUUGAACAGUUCUCAACCGGUCCCGACCCGCAUCCUUCGCUUACAGCGCGCGACUUUGAAGUCGGCGGUACACUCGGCCGUCGCAAGUUCGGACGCGUGUACCUCGCUCGGCACCUGACGACAGAUUAUAUGUGCGCUCUCAAGAUAAUCUCGAAGGUUCAGGCGGCGACACAAGAAGAGGAGAAGCUGAUACACUGCGAACUGGAGAUCCACCAAAAACUUGCGCAUGGGAACACAUUGAAGUUACUGUUCUGGUUCCACGACGAUGAAUCAGUAUACUUGGUGCUCAAAUUCGCUCCGGGCGGCAGCCUAUACUCAAGGAUGAAGAAGCAAACAAGAGGCAGGUUCACCGAACAGCAAACCACCAUCUACAUCGCUCAACUCACCUCCGCACUGCGUUACAUGCACAGCAAGAACAUCAUGCACCGCGACAUCAAGCCCGAAAACAUACUCCUCGGUUUUUACGGCGAGAUCAAGCUUGUCAAUUUCGGAUACUCUGUACACUCAGAGUCGGACUUCCGAUCAACUGUGUGCGGCACACUGGAUUACCUAAGCUCUGAGGUCACGGUCAUGAUGCUGAAGCCAGGCAUGAGCGGAGGGUGGUAUACCAAGGCAAUCGAUGAGUAG